UUUAUUACACUUCACUAUAGCCUACAACCUCGCUGGACGGGCAUAUCAAAAUUGACGUUUUUUUAUGAAACAAUAAGGAAUUGUGGAGGAAAGCUGUUUGUUUUCCAGCCAGUAACCAGCACCAAAGCUCAAAUAAUUAACAAAAAUGGUAUCACCAGCUGCUUAAAUAUACUUUUCUGCGUGACAAUCUGGCAACCCCUGGCCACAUCGAUCUGACUGAGCUGUCAGUCCAGUAUUUUUGUCUAUUUUUCUAGUAGUUAACAGCGUUUGCUGUCAGCAUCAGAGCCGAAACCUCACCAAGAGCAGAACUAAAGCUCUAUAAAAGUCUUCAGACCUUCCUUACUGUACAUGCUGUUAGUGCAGGGUUGCCAGAUUGUGUCCACCUGGAGGGGUUUUAAUGCUAGUGCCGUGAUAAAGUACGAAAUCUCGUUUAACAUGAACAGGACUAGUUAACUAGUUAUUUCUUGGCAGCUUAGGGACAUUUCUUAUUCGAUUUGAUCAAAACCAGCGUGUUUAGAUUUUUUUUUUAAAUACAUUUCUGAUUUUCUCAACAUCUAAACAUCUCCCUCGCUGCCUUCUACAAUACGUAUUUUGUAUAUAAUUCGCCUGUUUUUCUGGAGCAGGAAGAAGCGUGAAGAAACGAGAGGCUGCUGUUUGUUUCUGACCGGGAUUGUCGUUUUUUAAUCGCUGUUUGUUGCUUAAAAUGACGGCUAUUGAGAAACUGCAGAUGCUGAUCGAAGCAGCAGAAUAUCUCGAGCGAAGAGAAAGAGAAGCGGAGCACGGCUAUGCCUCCAUGUUACCCUUCACCAGCAGCAAAGAGAGAGAUGGCUUGAAGAGAAAAACCCAAAACAAGAAAAACUGCAGCAGCAGGUCUACACACAAUGAGAUGGAGAAGAACAGGAGGGCACAUUUACGGCUGUGUUUGGAGCGCUUAAAAUCCCUCGUGCCCUUAGGACCAGACUCAAACCGGCACACAACCCUCCGCCUCCUCACAAGGGCUAGAGAACACAUCAAGAGGCUGGAGGAUAGUGAGAGGACGGCCCAGCACACUAUAGACCAUCUGCAGAGAGAACAGAGACACCUGCACAGACGCCUGGAGCAGCUCGGUGUGGAGCGCACACGCAUGGACAGCAUGGGCUCCUCAGACAAAUCAGACUCCGACCAAGAAGAGGUGGAUGUUGACGUGGAAGGAACAGAUGAUCUUCUGGGAGAUCUGGAGUGGAGCAUGAGCAGCGUGAGUGACUCGGACGAGCGAGGAAGUUUGCGCAGCAGCUGCAGUGAUGAAGGCUAUUUCAGUGCCAGUGUCCAUCGACCCGCUGACCCUCGGGACAAGAGCUCUGCGCUGACCUGCAGUCUAUAAGAGCACACAUCUGCCCUCGUCUCCAGCUGUACCUCCACACAGCUGCUCUAAUACUUCAGGAGGAAGCUCGAGGGAAGUGUUGGAUGUGUGUCCACUGACUAGACCUCAGUGACCUCACUGCCUUCGUCCAAUCAGAUCGUCCCGGCCAUUUGCCUUUGCUCCCAUCACGGCGUCCUGGAGAAAACCCCUUAAAGACCUUUAAAGAGCUCACAGCCAGAUGAAGAAUGUCUCUCAGAGCCGUCCGGACGCUGCGCUGGGUCACAUGACCUGUUGUGCUCUUACUCUAGCAGUCAGAAGACUUCCAACACUGAGAUGUUUAAUGUUUCUGAAGAAGUCACCAAGCCAUUUAUUUGAUCCCAAAUACAGCAAAAGCUGUAAAAAUGUUAAAUAUUUUCACUAUUUAAAAUAACUGAUUUUUAUUUGAAUAUGUUUUAAAAUCUAAUUUAUUUUUGUGAUUUCAAAGCUGAAUUUUCAGCAUUUCUCUAGACACAAGAUCCUUCAGAAUAUAUCAUUCUAAUAUUCUGAUUUGCUGCUCCAA